AUGACUAUGGACCAUCGCGCCUCGGUAUCGUCGCAAGAUACCCUUGUUUCCCUCGAGCAACUAGAUCCCGCGCCCAUCGAUACGCCUCCCGGGCUCGACGAGGGCGCGCCAUCUCCCCCAAAGAACCCCACCGGCUUGGGACUCAGUGGCAGUGGUCACAGUUCGGUAUACUACUUGACACGUCUACAGAAGUACUCUUCCUACGCCUUUACGAUCUUCGCCUCCUUCCAUAUUACCAACACCUCCAUCAUCCCGCUCAUCACCCGCUCUGUCCCAGCAGCAGACUCUUACCUCCUCCUCACGCGACCAUACUACCAAUCGUUCCCGCUCGAGCAACUGCUCGUGACCCUGCCCAUCGCCACACAUGUGCUCUCCGGGCUAGCUCUGCGUAUCCACCGGCGCAACGCGAACGUCGCAAGAUACGGCGCGUCCCACUUGUCCACAUCCGAGCGCUUCCAGCAAGGGCUCAAAGUCUGGCCGGCCGUCUCUUGGAGUAGUCUGACGGGCUAUGUGCUGACCCCGCUGGUGUUGGGGCAUUCAUUCGUGAACAGGCUGUUGCCGUGGAUAUACGAGGGCGGGUCGUCGAGCGUUGGGCUAGGCUUUGUGAGCCAUGGUUUUGCAAAGCACCCGUUCGUGGCAUGGACGGGCUAUUCUGCGCUGGUCGGGGCGGGGGCGGCCCAUAUUGUCUGGGGCAUAGCUCGAUGGAAUGGUUGGGUCCCGGUGGGGAAGGACAAGAAGGCCAGGCGCCGACGGUGGGCUAUUAAUGGAAUAGCUGCUGCGGUGACGGCAUUGUGGAUGGCUGGUGGACUAGGUGUGGUUGGGAGGGGUGGGCUGACAGAGGGUUGGAUUGGGAGGGGAUACGACGAGGUAUACUCCAAGGUGCCUUUUGUGAAUCUGUAA